AAUAUAUCGCGCGCAUAAUCCGAUGGACAGAACGGACAUUGUAAAGAAAAGUGUGACAUUGGUGUAGAAUGGCAGCGGCAAAAAUUACGUUUUCGUGAACAAAUUUUCUUUCUGAUGAGAAUGUGUUUUGUGAGCUGAAGGAUGUAUCAAGUUAUUUGAAUCAUGUUUUCUGUGCGCCUUAUUUUGGGUGAUCAUUAUAUGAGUCCUCCCAUCCCUGAAUUAGAUGUGGUGUAUUCGGAAUUCCGUGGAGCAGAAGUCAAACAAGUCCCCGUUAUUCGAGUAUUUGGAUCAACAGUUACAGGAAAGAAAACGUGCUUGCACAUCCAUGGCGUUUUCCCAUACAUUUACGUCCCAUACGAAGGGUCUGAACCGUGUGACAGGCUCAUGUAUCAGAUAACAUCCAGCUUGGAUAAGGCCUUAAAUAUAUCACUAGGAAAAGGAAAUUCUGCAGCACAACAUGUUUAUAAAGUGGUUCUUGUAUCUGGAUUGCCAUUUUAUGGUUUUCAUACCAAGGAGCAUCAAUACUUCAAAAUCUAUUUUUAUAACCCACUUAUGGUCAAAAAGGCAACAGAAUUGUUACAGAGUGGUGCAAUCCUCAAUAAGAUUUACCAGCCACAUGAAGCCCAUGUUCCCUAUAUUCUUCAGUUCAUGAUAGACUAUAAUCUGUAUGGCAUGAACCUUGUUAAUCUUGAAAAUGUAAAGUUCAGGCGGGACCCAGAAAAUCCAGGGAGUUUUGAAAAUCUUUCUGAGGAAAUUCUGCUACCAGAAAGAGUUACCAGGAUGAGUACAUGUGAAAUUGAAGUGGAUGCUGUGGCAGCGGAUAUUAUCAACAAGAGGACAGCUGCAGAUGAGCUGGUUGUAAACCCUGGACUGGCGGCAAUCUGGGAAGAUGAGAAACAACGACGGAGAGAAGAAGGAAGAACGUCACAAAUAACUCCCCAGUGUUCUCAAAAGCGUCCAUUUGCUGCUUCUACUGACAGUGAACUUUUCUUUAAACAGAAAUUACAUGACAAGUUACUACUAUUAAACUCAGAGCUUUCUGAUAAUUCUUUGACACCAGAAGAUUCAAAACUCAUCGAAGCAUCGUUUUUGAAUGUGCACGUACAACCGUCUGGAUCCGUUUCAUUUGUUGGAAGUGAGCGAGUGGAACACGAUAACAAUAUUUCAGUCGUAGAUGAAGAUUUGGUGUUGAGUUUAACGUCAAGCCAGAGAGGAAUAAAUCAUGAUUCUGUUUUAUUUGAUUCCCAAGAUGCGGAACUUGCUAUGAUCCUUCAAAACCUAGAGAGCGGGGCAAAUGUUGAUGAAGAUAGUAUCUUGGGAUCUCAGGCAUUUCAGGAAUUAGAAACUGAGACAGUAGAUGGCAGUGAAGACGAGGACAUGCAAGAUCUAAGGCAGCCGUUAGAUGCCGCAGUGGAUUCAAGCCCAAAUGGUGGCUUUGAGAAAGAAGGCUCGAGCAGAUUUACAGAUCACCAGGAUGAUUCAUUGUGGGAGAAUACAUUUUGGGAGGAUGUGAACAAAAUUCCGCAGUUGGAUGGAGCCGACGAUGUCCCCGAUAAAUCACGACGCAGGAGAUUUGGGAUGAGGGGAAGAUCAUUUCCACGGCGAUCGGUGCAUAAACGUUUGGUUAAGAGUUCCAUCAGUGAAGUUGGUAGAAAUGGUUCAUCUGUGUGGACUGCAGACAGUGAGAAUAAGCUCUGUAAUGGUGCGUCAGAGUUGGGAACCAACGAAUUAUGUCUCUCAGCUGCUCCAGAGAAAGCUAGCACAUGCUUUCAUGUUAAUCCUGCAGAUGACUUUACAGAAGUUGCUGAUGAUAACAGAAAUCCUAUGAUGGCUGGAGGUGUGGGGAGAGAACAUGAAAAUGAUGUGAGAAACUGUUUCUUGGACAUUUCCAACGAUACUGACGGUUCUGCAACUGUGGAAAAAACAGUAACAUUGGAGACUGUUCCAGUUACAACAGAUGAUUCAGUGACGGACACCAAAAGUAGCCAUAUUCCAAGAUGUACCAGAGACAUGCAAACCGAUGUAGUGGUUGGUUCAUUUGAAUUGGAUAGUUUGUUGGUAUGUGCUAAAAAUGAUAAUGGUCCUGUAGGAGUUGGAAACUUGAAAAGUGUGUCUGACGACUGCCCGUCUCCAACAAAUGGUUUAAUAAAACAUUCCAGUGAGAAGAGUGUCGUAGAAACAGAAUACAAAAUUUCUCUUAAUGGCUUUGCAGAAGUCAGUGGAGACAGUGUGGAUCCUGUAAUUUCAGAAGUAACAGGAUCAGAAUCAUUAAUAAUCCUGUCAGAAGAUACAGUGGAAAUUUCUGACAUUAUCACUAAUCCCAGUACUGUUGAAAGUGUGUUAGUAGGUGGUGAAACUAAUCUAUCAACACUCAAUUCUUUGUCACAAGUUUCAGGAGAUGAUGAUAUUCGAGGUAUGAGGAAUGUAGGUUCAGAAUCUGCUAAACUUCCAGCCAAGCAAGUUUGCAAUGAGUCAUCUAAUUCAGAAGUAAACUUCCAGCCAGUUUCUGUUGUGUGUUGCAACAUGCACGCAUGCUCAUGCAUGUCAGAUGGCUCUGUGCUUGCUCUGCAGUUGAACGAUCCCGGAAGUACUUUUGAAGUAGAUGGUCAGGAAUGUGAUCGGUUUAGGCAGGGUGUUUUGAUUGGAGAUCCCUCAUUUACAGCACAGCUAAGUUUUUCAGAAGGAGAUAAUGACCUGCAAAUGAAUGGGCUUUUCUCUGGUACUAGCAUACCCAACUUGUUAUCUUCAGAACAGUGUUCAGAAACUUCCAAAUCAUCAUAUAUCACUGAUAUCGAUACAGAUUUGUUGGCUCCAUAUGACACGCAAACAGUUCGUGAGAUAUCGCCAGAAAAGAGCACAGUUUCAUGCAGAACUUUACGUCACCGCAACAAUUUAGGUCGAAAACAAAUUUCAGGAAAUUGUAGUAAAUUAUUUCGAUCAAGGAGGAUGAUGGCACAGAAUUCAGAGCUACAUAACAUGUCUGACAUUAAUGUAAAAAGAACGUGCAUGCAACGCAGUAGAGGGACUGGUCCUUCAGUUGAAACGGCUGGCACUAAACAGAUGUCGAGCUGUCACGUUCUCCCCAAAGUAAGGUUGAACUUGGAUAUUGAAAGAAAAGAUACUUUGUGCUCUGCUGUCAGUGCACUAUCUUCUUGCACAUUUAAGAGUCCUAUGGAAGUUUCUCCAGUCGAAGUGAAACGGAUUGAAACGAUGCUUUGGAAAGGAAGCAUAGAUGAGAUAAUACAGCUGAAAGAUUGUUCAAUAAAUGCAGGUGUCAUGUCUCAAAACGAAGUAGAAAAUGCCAAAGAGAAACUGGACAGCUGUGUUCAGAAGAUGUGGAGUAAAACCACGAAUGGUCAAAAAGCAGAUGUUAGUAAUGGUAUUAUUGGCAAGAACAGUAAAGAAGGGAUAGAAUUUCAUGUAGGAGACAGAUGGAACAGAUCUCGUGUAUGUACCCGGGCUGGAAAUACACUGCGUAAGUGCCUUUGUGAGAAUGAUGACGCAUUGACCAGCAGGAGUAUGCAGUCUGCAUCACGGUCAUGUAUGGUGACGACAGCUGGUGAAAAACAGUCAAGAAGACUGCAAAGAGAGAAAUGGAAAAGGUUGUCUCUAUCAUAUAGAAUGAAUGCCACAUCAAAUAGUAGAAAGAAACUUGAAACAAAUGGUCUAAUACAAGUAAAUAAUAUUUGUAUUAGACCGUGCUAUGUGAAGCUUGUGAAACUGCAAGACAUUUCUGAGCAAACAAGGAUCAAUUCUUGCAAAAGUAAUUCACAGUUCAUAAAUCAUAAAGCUUCAGCUACUCAUUCGUUUGGUUUGAGCAGCUUAUCUCACACAGUUGAUACCAAAGGAUGGGAAGUGAGAAAUAAAUUAAAGCCAUGUAGAAGUGUAGCUCAACAGAUGAAAAUACGUUAUUCCAGUUCAAGAGGUGGAGCAAAGGCUAAUGGGAAUGUGAAUUGCAACAGUAUUGAAAGUUUUGUAGAUCACAGAAAAACUGACGUGUGUCCAGUUUCUUUUCGUGUUCCUACAAAAGCUAAAAAUGAAAACCAGUGUAACAAGGUUGCAGUUCACGGUAGAAGUAUUGCAGUUUCGAAGACAAGAAAUAAAAAUGAUGCUAAGGUUGCUAAAACUGCUGUACUUCACAUCCAAGAACCCUGUGAUUUUAAUUCUGUGCAGAUUGAACCGAGGAAGCAACUCAGAAGAACUGGUAAAGGUAAAGGGAGUAAAACUAAGAAACUGUUAAAUAACUUACAGCCAGAUAAAUCCAACCUACUUAGUCGCAUGAAACCUUUUUCCAUUUGUCUCGAAAGGCUGGACCAGUCUGUUUUAGAAAAGUAUUCUGUGACUUUAUCCUCUAAGACCACUCCACAAAAGAAUACAGGCUUCUUACAGCAAGGAGUAACAACUGCAAGUAACAAAGCUAAGAUCUACUCUGAUGUACGUGGGAAACACAUAACAAGAUCAGGAAAAUGUAAUCAUAUCCAUUGUCGAGACAGAAUUCCGUGUUUGGAUGGGGUGUUUGAGAACAGUUCAUCAGAUGAUUGUUCAGAAUCUAGAACUGUUGACCAUUCUGAGCAGUCAGGAAAAUCUCCAGAUUCAAAAAGGGCUAGACAGCAGGGAAAGAUAACACAAGAAGUUGAAAAUAAAUUUACAGACCUGCAGCACAAGAAUACAGAUUACUCUAACAGUUCUGUCUUAGAAGAAACAUUAUUACAUACACCAGGGUUUGAGUCUUCAGCAGAGAACUUAAAUUUGAAGAAUGCAAUCAUAUGUUCUGAAACCCAUAGUCCAGUUAGGCCUCUCAGAAGAUCUUUGUAUCCUGCUCUGGCUAUAAAAAUACAAAGAUCACCAAAGAAAAGGAAUGUAGUUGCUGUAAAAAAGUUUGAAGCUGGAUCAGAACUGACAGACAUUUCAAGUCCAAAAAAUACAAAUAGCUGGAAGGGAGGAAGCAGACUGAGCAGUGUGGAGACUGAAGUAACAAGACCGAAGCAAGCGGUUCUUAAACAGAAGCUCACCAAUGGGCAAAUACAAGCACAACCUAGGGAUAUGUGCAACAUAUUUAAAAACAGAAAGAGAAAGUCUUCAACUUCUGUACGUCCUAGUCAGACUUUUCAGAAAUCGCCCCCAGUGCCCACAGAUGUUCAUGCGUCCAGCAUCUGUGAUACCAUCAGGAUUACAGAGAACCAACAGAACAUCUCUGCAGAGAAACACAUAUUCCCUUUCGGCACAGCUAAAGGAAAACAUUUUAGUAGUCAAGAAUACUGUCAUGUAGACAUAUUACAUAAUUUGAAUAUUACCAGUUCUGAAUCUGGUAAUGAUAGCAACAUUUUAGUCACAAGUACCAGUAGUUUUCCAUUAGGAAGCGAGACCAAGACGGACAGUGUAACUCAACCGUAUGAAUGUUCACAGACCAUUGAUGAUGCUUACGAUAAGCGUGUGAGUGUUGCAUCUACAUCAAAGCAUACAGAAGCAGGAAGCGUGGAGCAGAUGCCAGAUAAAUGGACAGGAUCAGAUAUUAGAGACUCAGUUUCUAAUAAAACAUCAAGAAAACAAUCAAACUCUCCAAUUUUAAGAAACCGUCCUGAAAAUGAACUAGAGAUUAGAGCAGGAGGGAAUGACUCGGAAAACAUUUCACAGGAUUCCGCCGAAGUGUGUGUCAGUAGAACAGAAACCUUUAAAAGCAGUGGUUCAUUUGGAAUUGAUUUUCUAGAAAGGAAAAAGAUUGUAAAAGGGAGACAGAGUUUUGAUAUGUUUCAUACUGAGGAUGUUGCAGGUCAUAGAACUUCAUCUCCAAGAAUUAUCUUUGCAGAAGGGAUGUUAUUACGUGAGCAUCUGACGGAAUCAGAACUACCAAAGACAGAUAGUGAGAAUAUGCAAAUAUCUGUAACGGAUUCAUAUGAGAAAAUCGAAAGCAUAAAAAAGAAUAAUUUAGACAGUGAUUUUAAUACAGCCGGUAAUAGAAGUGAUGAGAAAGUUCAACAACAUACAGAAGGCGUGUUCAGUUUUUGUGAUACAGAGGAGGAAGAUGAUGAUGAUGAAGGAAUUAUAAGUUUUUACAAUGAAAUUAUUCCAUGCAGUCCAGCAGUCUCUCAGUUAAAAGAAUCUUUGAUAAAACCUUAUGUACCUGCUGAUAAUUCCAGCAGAUGUGCUACGCAUGAUUUUAAAUGUGCAUUGCUCACAGAUACAGAGCAGAACAAUUCAGAUCUUGUAGCUGAAGCACCUCUUAAGGUUGUAAACCAGACCCCAGCCAUUGAACAGUUGAGGAUUAUUACUGCUGAUAGUGAGAAUCAUAGAGUAUAUACUCCAAAGUUCAACCCUCCUUCAAAAGAUGAGAUUUUAGCAAGUAUAUCACAAUUUUGUAUUCCUGAGUAUCAACACCAAGAGCCCUUUGUUAGUAAUUUCUUGGAUACAGUAAAUAAAAAAGAAGUUGGAAAUAAGAUCCUAAGAAUUUGUAGCACUUCAGUUCUUAAUUUGCAGCCUUUUGUUGCAAGUUCGCUUAACAUUAUUGACAUUGAAACUUGGAGAAAGAAAUGGUUACAGGAAUUCAAUUACACAUCUCAGAGAAGUUUAGAUGGAACUAGUGACCUGGAUAUCGGUAACAUGAAACCUGCCUUGGCCAGUCACAGAGAAGUUACCAUUACACCAUGUAAGCUUCCUCCAAAUGUAACUGAAGUGAGACUGUGGUUAGAAGCAACACAGAAGUUAACUGAACAGGGCCUGCCAGAAAAUGAUGUGGUGAGCAAAGUUAGUAGGAAGAUCGUGAUGCCGUUAAGUCCGGGACAAGAAUCGGCAUCAGACGAUGACAUGUCUGUCUCUCCUGCGACCCCUAGAAGUCUCAGUUUUGAGCAAAGCCACGGGGGUAGUGUAGUUGCAGCACACAGCACUCCACAAGUCACGCCAACUUCUCACGGCCUGCCGAGUCCCUCUUGCACACCCAUUCAUAAGAGUCAACACAAGAUAGCGAAGUUGCUACUGAAACGGUCAAGAAAGGGGCUGAAACUGGACUCUCCGAGUCAAGAAAACAUGUCUACCACCUUGCCAUUAAUAAGAGAAGAAACAGCAGCGGACAUUGGUUCGGAACUUGUGUCUCCACUUGAUACUAGUGGAACUUACAAGCGGCAAGGUUGUGACAAUAGUAGUGAUGACCUCAGAGCAUUGGAUCCAGUUCAGUCGGCAAAAAAUGUUAACCUACAGUCAACCUCAGAGGUACCAGAUGACAGUGAAACUGUUCGUAAGGCGCUGCUACACCGUCAAAUCCGUACCAUCCUGACAACUCCAAGAGGUUUGAAACGUGGUAACUCCAGCUGUCAGAUAGAAGAAAGUACUCCAAAUAAUACAUAUGGCUUCCGGAUGUCAUUUGAGAACUUGCAUGAAGUCAAAGCGGUUUGUGAGCACCAGUUCCUGACAACGUUCAUUAUGGAGCUGCACGUCCAAACUCGAGGUGAUCUGAGACCAGACCCGGCUUGUGACCCAGUCAGAGCCGUGUUCUAUUUUGUAAUGAAUGAUGUUCCUGAAGAUUCGCGUCUUUUGAAGCAAGAGUUAGGUAUAAUUGUGGUGUGUAAUUUGGAUGGAAGUGUUAGGAUGCCUUUACUGAGGGGUACUCCUGAGAACUGUAAGCUAACUUAUGUAGAAGAUGAAGCGUCUCUUGUCCAUGAAUUAGUGAAGUGCGUAAAAAUGUGGGAUCCAGAUAUAUUAGGCGGUUAUGAGGUGGAAAUGUUAUCGUGGGGUUACCUCUUUCAACGGUCGUAUACUCUUCAAAUCAAUCUGCGUCCUUUGAUGUCGAGAGUGCCCACCGCCAGUACACGCAGUCACCAUACCGAAAAAGAAAGUAUAGCUUCUCAUUUAACUGAAGAAAUCAGAGUGACAGGGCGGAUUAUGCUGAACAUUUGGAGACUAAUGAGACAUGAGAUAUCUGUCCAGAGUUACACAUUUGAGAAUAUGAUGUAUCAUAUACUGCAUCAAAGGAUCGCUCUUCACUCGUUUAAACAGUUGACAUACUGGUGGGAACACAGAACACACCUCUACAGGUGGAUAUGUGUUGAGUAUUAUUUACUGAGAGUUCAAGGAAUUGUCAAGUUACUGGAUCAGCUGGAUCUCAUAGGACGGACUAGUGAACUAGCAAGACUUUUUGGAAUCCAGUUUUUAGAAGUUCUUUCCAGAGGUUCACAGUUCCGUGUGGAAUCUAUGAUGCUUCGCCUGGCCAAGCCUCUCAAUUAUGUACCGGUUUCCCCCAGCAUUCAACAAAGAGCUAAGAUGAGAGCGCCUGAGUCAUUACCUCUUAUAAUGGAACCAAAUUCCAGAUUUUACAGUGAUCCAGUAAUUGUACUGGAUUUUCAGAGUUUGUAUCCAUCAAUUAUCAUUGCCUACAACUACUGCUUCUCAACCUGUCUUGGAAGGGUGGAACAUCUGGGACAGGCGACUCCGUUUGUUUUUGGAUGCACCCACCUCAAAGUUCCUCCCGCACAUCUCGUAAAAUUAGAGAACAAUAUCAACAUGUCCCCCUGUGGAGUGGCAUUUGUGAAAAGUGGGAUAAGGAAGGGCGUACUCCCACGUAUGCUGCAAGAAAUUCUGGACACCAGGUUGAUGGUGAAGCAGUCCAUGAAGGCACAUAAAUCCAACAAGACGCUGCAGCGAGUGCUUCACUCUAGGCAGCUUGGCCUCAAACUAAUUGCAAAUGUUACAUAUGGCUACACAGCAGCAAAUUUUUCUGGAAGGAUGCCAUGUAUUGAGGUUGGUGACAGUGUUGUGAGUAAGGCAAGAGAAACACUGGAGAGAGCCAUACGUCUUGUAGAAACAACAUCUCGUUGGGGAGCACAGGUGGUGUAUGGUGACACUGACUCACUGUUUGUGUUGGUCCCAGGCAGGAAUAGACAGCAGGCCUUCAAGAUAGGAGCAGAGAUUGCAGAAGCUGUUACUUUGGACAACCCAAAACCAGUGAAAUUGAAAUUAGAGAAGGUGUAUGAACCGUGCAUCUUACAGACUAAGAAGCGUUAUGUUGGAUAUAUGUAUGAAAGUCCUGAUCAGGAUCAGCCCGUUUAUGACGCAAAGGGAAUUGAAACUGUGCGUCGAGAUGGAUGCCCUGCUGUAGCCAAGAUACUGGAGAAGUCUCUGAGACUUAUUUUUGAGACAAAAGAUGUAAGCUUGGUGAAGAAUUACGUCUGCCGGCAGUUUUCCAAAUUAUUGCAGGGGCACCUCAACAUUCAGGAUUUGAUUUUUGCUCGAGAGUAUCGUGGCAUGUCGUGCUACAAACCUGGUGCUUGCGUACCUGCUUUAGAAUUAACGAGACGCUGGUUACAAACAGAUAGGCGUGCUGAGCCACGGCAAAGUGAGAGAGUGCCAUAUGUCAUUGUGAACGGGCCGCCAGGAUUGCCACUGAUACGGUUGGUCAGGUCACCGCACGAAUUGCUUGCUGAUCCCAGUCUGCGACCUAACACUACAUACUAUAUCACGAGAGUUAUUAUCCCUCCGCUUGACAGAUGCUUUUCUCUUCUUGGAGCUGAAGUUGAGUCAUGGUAUGCCGAUAUGCCACGAAGAUAUGUAACAAAUUUACCGACAGCUGUGUCCUGUGGACUCAAAAAGAGCACUAUUUCGCAGUAUUUUUCCACUAUGAACUGUGCAGUAUGCAGUCAGUUGACAACUGCUGGAAUCUGUUUGACAUGUCAGCAGCAACCUCAAAAAGUAGCUGUUGUUCUAGCGAACAAAAUUCGAAUGUGGGAAAGGACAUACACUAACAUCAAAAAGGUUUGUCAGUCAUGUUGUGGACGUCCUGAAUCCAUCGACUGCAUUUCUCUCGAUUGUCCCAUUUUGUUCCGGAGAUGUCAGUCUGCUCGUGACUUACAGCAGGCCCCUUUUAUCCAGAGCUUGCAAGAGCAAUACAUCACCUUCUGAGCCCUUGUAUAGCCUGACCAGAGCAUGUCACUUCAGUUUCACGCUUAAGUUAGCGACUUUAAAAGAAGGUAGAACAGAUGUGUCAACUCUUACCCUCAGUGAUGAAGGUUGUUACAAGAAGAUAAAAGCCAAAAGCUGUGUAAAUUAAAGGAUGUAGCUUUAAGUAACCAGAGGAAGGUAUGUUUGGUCUGCAGAAUGUUUAAUGUUAACAAGUGACCCGUAAACACUGAAUACAUUCAGAGUUGGGAGUUUUGUGAUUUCAGGUUCUUACACUUGUUGGAAGUCAAGGAAAUUGAUCUUUGCGCUGUGUCAGUAGCUGAUAACUUUAGACAGGUGAUACAACUGAUAUGGUAUGGCAUUUAAAUAUAAUCACUGAUUUACAUUAUAAAAUCAUUCAAAUUUAUGCCAGUUUGUCCAGGAACACAUCCCCGGCGUAAAUCGAGGGCUACCUGUACUUGAAUUAAAAUUACAAGUACACUUACAUAAUGAAUGGUGUAUCUUGUAUGGCAUACUCAAAAGUCCAGUGUGUUUCAUCUACAAUUAGCAGAUGAAAGUGAUAGUAUAAUUGGCUGUAAGAUUCUUUUAAAAAGAAUGAUUAGAGACAUUACUAAAAUGAGGCCUUAUUAAAAACUACAGGUGAACAUUUUAUGUAUGAAGGAUAUAGUUUUAUAAAGCUGAUUGUGAUGUGUAAGUAUGUAAUAAAUUUAGAAGGCCCCGUGCAUGUACUACCAAAUUUUAGUAAUAUUUAAAUCGCCAUGUAAAUAAUUAUUUGUUUAUUAUUAGAAGAAGAAUUUUCAUGUUCCUUUGUAAAAGUCAACUUCAAGAAGUGUGCAUGAAUGUAUUCUUCAAAUGCACUGUUCGUGAUAUAUCAGAGUAUGAUAGCCAUAUAUGUAUAUUUUGGUAUAAGUUACAAAAUUGAAAGUAUAUUAUUAAGGACAUUUAUAUUAUAAAUACAUGUCUGCUUUUUACUUGGUUUCAAAUGAGGCCUGAGUCUCAGGUAUGUUUUGAAUCUUUAUAUUAUAGCAAAAAGAGGUUAUUCUUAAAACUGACCAUAACGCAGAAAUUUAUGGCUGCAUUUAUAGGAAUGUUAAAUAUGUGAAUAUAUGAUAUAUUUCUUAUGGCAAUAUUUAGUGAAUUAGUAUUGUUUAAAACAAUAAAUGCGAGUGUUCACAACUGUAAA